GUAGCCAUUUGUAGGCCGCCAUCUUUUUGUAAAGUGGCAACUGAAUAAGAGCGCCGUAGUGAAAAUGAUAUUAGUUUCAAAUGAAUAGAUUCGAGAAUUGAUAUCCAUCUGAUCGAAAAAUUUGAUUCGGCUUCAUUAACGUGAUUUUGUUUAUCAUUAAGUUGUUAUUGCUUUGUACAACAUAUAGUGGAGUGUAGAUUUUCGACGGGUGAUUGUGUACUCAAAACUUUUACUGUGUAAAUUGCUUCUGUCGAUCUAUUUCAAUAUUACGGCAGAUAUGGUGGAAAUAAAGGACUACGAUGCCGAUUCAUACGAAUUGGAAUUCGAAGAAGACACGCUGGAAGCGGAACGUAAAUUUUAUGUUCAAAAAUAUCCCAAUGUAAAUAUGGUUGCUGAUCGACGAUUACAUUGUACCACCUGUGAUACUCACAUUGGAUGUGCUGUCGCAAAUGAAUUAACUAUUCGCAUGCAUCCUGUGCUACGUGUAACGCAUUGUAAAAAGUGUCACACAUUCUACAAUAGCGGUGAAUUCAGUAAAGGCGAAGACGGUAGUGAAUUGUACUGUCGAUGGUGUGGUCAAGGUGGCGAGGUGUAUUGUUGUUCGAAAUGUCCGUAUGUUUUCUGCAAGAAAUGCAUUUUGCAAAAUUUGUCCAAAAGUGUCAUCACUGAAAUAGAGAACAACGACGACUGGCAGUGUUUCUCCUGCUCUCCGAAAGUAAUGUGGCCGUUAAGAGCGCAGCACUGGGCGCUUGUCAAUUAUAUUGAAAAGACGAAAAAAAAAGUAUUGAGUGAAGAGAAGGACGAUGAGCAGAUCUACGAAUUGAUGAACAAAGAUCCGACGUUAUGUUGUAAGGAAAAAAAGGCGAUAAGGACUCGGAAAUCUACGAAGAGUAAAAGAAGACGUCGUCACAGUAGCACCUCUGACAGUGAUUGUUCGAUACCCGAGCCAAAACGAAUUCCAGAUCAUUCCGCAGUUUUACCGAAAAUGAUUGCACAACCGCAACAAAAAACUUCCAAACAACUGGAUGAGUUAGUCUGUACCCCAGACAUCUUAAGUAUGUUCAGUGAUGCAGCCGAAGAACCAGCGGCUCCUGCGCCAACCAAAUCUUCGCCUAGAGUACCACCAUCACGAACAAGUUUGUCGGUGAGUCAAAAAUCGGCGACAUCUCAACCGCCGCCCCUAGUGAUACGCCAAUUACCAACUCAAUUGCCAACGCAAUCACCAUCACCAGUACAAACCGUUCGCUUUCCAAACCGUCAAUUUUCUGCUGUUCCACGAGUAGCUGUCCCACCACCGGCCUAUUAUACCGUUAACGGAUUCCGAGUUGAUUUGAAUGCUGCUUCUCAACAGGAAACAUACAGACUGCCGAACGGAAAGUUGAUCCAAGUGAAAAAGCAAACGGCACCGAAUCAAUUGCCCGGACCGAUGAAUCGAAACUCGCCGUUACAGUCGCGAUCUAACGUCAACCCGAAUCCAUAUUCGAUUCGUUUCAAUAUUCAGCAGACUGUACCACCGGCACCCGUUCAAAUUCAGAGUGUACAGACGCAUGUACAGCCACAGCCUGCACACUCGGCUUCCGCCGCACAGACAUUACACCAACAGCACCUUCAACAACAGCAACAAAUUUUAAAUGGAAUAUCAAAUGUAGCAACUGCGCCGGUGCUUCCGGUGGUACAAUCAACUCAAUUGGCAAACCGAUACCCCAGUACACCACUGGGUCAUGCCCAAACCGAGCUGGAGAAGGAAAUCCAUGGAGCACAAGAAAUUUGCCAGCAAAUAGUUGGCAAGUGUAACACACUCAUGAAAUCGAAUGCGUACAAAACAGUGCGAAACUUUAACGACGUCAAGGACUUGCACUUGCAUCUGUCGUAUCUGUUCACGUAUACGAUAGACAAGUUUACGACGUUGCAGACCAAAUGUGCGGAUGCUAUGAAGUCAUUGACAAAUGCCCAUGAUGCAGCCAACAAAUUGGCCGACAAGAAAAACAAAUACACGAACGUGGACGACGAUCUCGAAGUGGUAGAGCCGACAACAGUGUGCAUUGAAAUUGAUUCAGACGAUGACGCUGAACCAAAAAGAGCCCCUGCACCAGCAAGUGUUGAAAAGACAAAAAACAAACAACCGCGUAAGACAACCCAUCAACCGAAGACAACCACACCUCUUUUAGACGGUCCAAUCGAAAUUGUCGAUAACAUUGAUAAUGACGAAUUGGAACUGCCCCUGCCGCCAGUUCUGGAGUCUGACGAUUCGGAAGCAAAUGAUCGUGAAAAAUCAAAAGAUACGUCGAGCGACUCGGCGAAAGAUGUCUCAAACGACUCGGAAUCAUAUGAUCGGGAAAAUGAUGAAAAAUUGAAAUGUACGCCAAUCGUUGCUCUCGAGAAAGAUAAAGAAAUUGAGCGAAAGUUGCAGGAAAUUUUGGACCGAGAAAAAACCGAAAAUGGUGCCGCCUCACCAGUGAACAUUGAGUGCGACGUGCAGAUCAAUGAUGCAGCGAUAGCAAUCGAUAGUUCCAUUGAAGAAAAUGAUAGUGAAACGAAUGCAGUACAAAGAGCGCACGAUAAGGGCGACAAGAAUGACAUUGAGAUGGCGAAUAAUAGGGAUGAUGAGGUUGAGAAGGCAAGCAAUGAGGAUGACGACAUUGAGAUGGCAAAUAAUGGUAACGCUGAGGUUGAGAUGGCAAGUAAUGAAGAUGACAUCGUAGAGAAGGCAAAUGUUGGGGACGAUGACAUUGAGAAGGCAAAUAAUGUGGAUCCCAUCGUUAAGAAGGCAAAUAAUGUGGAUGACAUCGUUGAGAAGGCAGAUGCUGAGGACGAUGAUAUCGUUGAGAAGGCAGAUGCUGAGGACGAUGAUAUCGUUGAGAAGGCAGAUGCUGAGGACUAUGACAUUGCGAAGACAAACAAUGAUCUGCAAAAUGAGGGUGACAAAACCAACGAUGAGUUAAGUGUUGGAAAUGAUGACCAUAGCACCAAAGGCGAUGACAGCGAAAAAAUCGAAGAAAAUCACAAGCCCGAAGACGAGGAUAAAAUGGAAACAAAUGAAAAGCAAGACGACUGCCCAAAAGACUGCGUGGAAAAUGAAGACAAAGCCGAUGAUUUGACGAACGGUCAAACCAAUGAUGAAGAUGUAGCUAUGGCCGAUUGCCAAUUGAACACUGCCGAUUUGAGUUGUCCGGGUAGUCCGGCGCUAACCGACAAUUUGGACAACGAUCUUCUGGACGAAAUGGACCAUCAGAACAAUCUCACCGACAAUUCGUUCGAAAAUAUCUCGUCGCCCGAUAUGUUCGAUGACAUGUCCAAGAAUGGUUUUGAUAAAGCAACAGACCACAUUGUCACCUUAUCAUCAGAAAAUGCCGAUCCAGAUCUCGUGUAGUAGAAUUAGAAGGAAAAUCGCUGCUUGCCAGUGAUUUCAUAUAGUGCAAAGAUGUUUUGCAUCAUUCGGAAUUAUCUAAAUCUAAAUCAUUCUCACAAAUUAUCAAAACUGGAAUGUUUGAGUUUCAAUUUAAAAAAAAAAUGAAAGCAAAAAUCGAAAAUAAAUCGCUGGCACUUUCCAAUCACGCCAAAUUUUAUGUUACGAAAAGGAAAAACUUUUGGUUCUUUUAUACUCUUCUCUUUGAAUGGAAUUUUGUUCUUGUUUUGGUAUAAUAACAUUCACAUGCAACAAUUAAAUUUGAAAUUAAUUUCUAAUUAAAUAUUUUACGCGAACAUAAGAGAGUCAGAGGAACGAAUAAACGAAUAUAUUUUCCAUGAGUUUCAUGAUUUUAUAGAAGAAAAAUAAUAAUAAAAAAAAAUAAUUUUUGGAAAA